CACUAUCGGUAUGAGUAGUAGACUAGUGGGUUCGGCUCUCUUGCGUGAAACAUGGCUCCCAGGGAAGGCACAGAACGGAGCGCAGUAAUGGAUGGGAUCAGAGCCAUCUUAUUGGGGCCGCCGGGAGCCGGAAAGGGCACUCAGGCUCCCAAACUGGCAGAAAAGUACUGUGUGUGUCACCUUGCUACAGGAGAUAUGUUAAGAGCCAUGGUGGCUUCAGGGUCUGAGCUGGGCAAACGCUUGAAGGCCACAAUGGACGCUGGGAAACUGGUCAGUGAUGAAAUGGUGGUAGAGCUGAUUGAAAAUAAUCUUGAUACACCCCAAUGUAAAAAGGGAUUCUUACUAGAUGGAUUUCCUCGCACUGUCAAGCAAGCAGAGAUGCUUGAUGGUCUUCUGGAAAAACGACAGGAAAAUCUGGAUUCAGUUAUUGAAUUUAGUGUGGAUGACUCUUUGCUUGUACGCAGAAUCUGUGGAAGGUUGAUCCACCCAUCAAGUGGACGGUCAUACCAUGAGGAAUUUAAUCCUCCUAAAGAGCACAUGAAAGAUGAUGUGACUGGUGAACCAUUGAUCAAACGCUCCGAUGACAACGAGACUACUCUGAAAUCUCGACUGGAGGCCUAUCACACUAUGACUGCACCAUUGGUGGACUACUAUCAAAAACAUGGAAUCCACACGGCGGUGGAUGCUUCACAAUCUCCAGACGUUGUGUUUGCAAGCAUCUUGGCAGCUUUCUCCAAAGCACGCAUUCACUGAUUCCCAGCCAUCCCAGGAGUGUGUUGUCUACAAGCCUGUGCACAAGAGUAGGGCACUGCAUAUAAAAACUGAGGACUGAGUAGACUCGCCAAUUCCUCUGCUGCUGUUUUGUCUCUAUGCCCAAAAUUUACUGGGUUCAUCUCCAUGUCUUAAAGCUUUUAAUUCUGCGGAAGCUAGAGUAUGUCUGACCUCAUUGACGAGGUGUGUGACUAUGAGCAAUGUCUGUGUUCUCAGGUACAAAGAGCUGUCCUAGAUCUGUUGGGAAACCAUUUUGUAUUGAUUAAAAUCCACAUUUGAACUAACCAAUGAUGAAACAAAUUCUGGUGACAAAUUUAGGUUUUUCUCUCUUUCUCUCCAUGGAAUGCCUAUGAUGGCAAAACUAGAACUGUGACUGCUAUCAGAUGCACUAACAAUCUCUGCUUAAAGAACAAGUUUAAAUGAACAACCAAGGUGUCAUAGAAUGACCUCCACUUUUUUCGAAAAAAAUACAUUUGGCCCUUAUUGGACAGUUUGCUUCAUUCUACUCGUGAUCCUUUUUAUCUGUCAGUGCAGAUCCACACAAGUGCCUUAUAUUAAGAACAUAGCAAUAAACUGUGUACAGGACUCAA